GCCUCGCAGGGGAGGGGGCUCGGCGUUGACGUGGGACGCGGCGGAGGCGCAGCAGCCGGUGGUGAUUUGCUAACCUAGCGGCAGAGAGGAGUUAAGGGUGAUGAGAGCGGGUACUGCGAACUGCCGGGCGAUGCCGCCGCUGCCGCCGUGAGAUCCGGAGCAACAGUUCCCCAGCAACACCCCUUCCCCGAUCCAGGCACACCCCUAACCCCCCAGGCACGCACACCCACCCCAAGCUCCAGGCUCUGCAAGCGACCCCUCUGCUGGCCCCGAAGCCCACCCUGCCCCACCUUGCAGAGCAGAGAAGGAAAGAGAGCCCCAUGCCUGAGCCCAGGGGAGCAUCAUGGAUCUAACAAAGAUGGGUAUGAUCCAACUGCAGAACCCUAGCCACCCCACGGGGCUGCUGUGCAAGGCCAAUCAGAUGCGACUGGCCGGGACUUUGUGCGAUGUGGUCAUCAUGGUGGACAGUCAGGAGUUCCAUGCCCACCGGACGGUGCUAGCCUGCACCAGCAAGAUGUUUGAGAUCCUCUUCCACCGGAACAGCCAGCACUACACCCUGGACUUCCUCUCGCCGAAAACCUUCCAGCAGAUCCUCGAGUAUGCCUACACAGCCACACUGCAAGCCAAAGCAGAGGACCUGGAUGACCUGCUGUAUGCAGCUGAGAUCCUAGAGAUCGAGUACCUGGAGGAGCAGUGCCUGAAGAUCCUGGAGACCAUCCAAGCAUCUGAUGACAAUGACACAGAAGCCACCAUGGCCGACGGUGGGGGCGAAGAAGAAGAGGACCGUAAGGCUCGAUACCUCAAGAACAUCUUCAUCUCGAAGCAUUCCGGCGAGGAGAGCGGCUAUGCGAAUGUGGCUGGACAGAGCCUCCCUGGGCCCAUGGUAGACCAGAGCCCCUCGGUCUCCACCUCUUUUGGUCUCUCAGCCAUGAGUCCUACCAAGGCAGCAGUGGACAGUUUGAUGACCAUAGGACAGUCACUCCUGCAAGGAGCUCUUCAGCCACCUGCAGGGCCUGAGGAACCCACACUGGCAGGGGGUGGGCGGCACCCUGGGGUGGCUGAGGUGCAUAUGGAGAUGAUGCAGGUAGAUGAAGCCCCCGGCCAGGACAGCCCUGGGGCAGCUGAGUCUAGCGUCUCAGGAGGGAUGGGGGACAAGCUUGAAGAGAGGAGCAAAGAGGGGCCUGGGACCCCCACUAGAGGCAGUGUCAUCACCAGUGCCAGGGAGCUGCACUAUGGGAGAGAGGAGGGUGGUGAGCAGCUCUCACCCCCUGUUGAAGCUGGCCAGGGACCCCCUGGGCGACAGGAGUCCCUGGCACCACCAGUGGAGAAGCAUUUGGGCAUCUACUCAGUGUUGCCCAACCACAAGGCCGAUGCCGUGUUGAGCAUGCCGUCUUCAGUGACAUCUGGUCUCCAUGUGCAACCUGCCCUGGCAGUCUCCAUGGACUUCAGCACCUAUGGGGGUCUGCUGCCUCAGGGCUUCAUCCAGAGGGAGCUGUUCAGCAAGCUAGGUGAGCUGGCCGUGGGCAUGAAGGCGGAGAGCCGUCCUCUGGGGGAGCAGUGCAGCGUGUGUGGGGUCGAACUUCCGGACAACGAGGCCGUGGAGCAGCACAGGAAGCUGCACAGUGGGAUGAAGACAUACGGAUGCGAACUCUGCGGAAAACGGUUCCUGGAUAGUUUGCGACUGAGAAUGCAUUUAUUGGCUCAUUCAGCGGGUGCCAAAGCCUUUGUAUGUGAUCAGUGUGGCGCCCAGUUCUCAAAGGAAGAUGCCCUGGAGACACACAGACAGACCCAUACUGGCACGGACAUGGCUGUCUUCUGUCUGCUGUGUGGGAAGCGCUUUCAGGCACAGAGUGCACUCCAGCAACACAUGGAGGUCCACGCGGGCGUGCGCAGCUAUAUCUGCAGCGAGUGCAACCGCACCUUCCCCAGCCACACGGCUCUCAAGCGCCACCUUCGCUCACAUACAGGUGACCACCCAUACGAGUGUGAGUUCUGUGGCAGCUGCUUCCGGGAUGAGAGCACACUCAAGAGCCACAAGCGCAUCCACACAGGGGAGAAGCCCUAUGAGUGUAAUGGCUGUGGCAAGAAGUUCAGCCUCAAGCACCAGCUGGAGACGCACUACAGGGUUCACACAGGCGAGAAGCCCUUUGAGUGCAAACUCUGCCACCAGCGUUCCCGAGACUACUCGGCCAUGAUCAAGCACCUGAGAACACACAAUGGUGCCUCACCCUACCAAUGCACCAUCUGCACGGAAUACUGCCCCAGCCUCUCCUCCAUGCAGAAGCACAUGAAGGGCCACAAGCCGGAGGAGAUCCCGCCUGACUGGAGGAUAGAGAAGACGUACCUCUACCUGUGUUAUGUGUGAAUGGGGGACACACCCCUCCCCCCAACACACGGUAGAGCCACGGCAGGAGCCAGCAAAGGCAAGCUAGAGCGAGACAAAGUGGAAAGACUGUGGAGAAAAGGAAUAACAGAAAAGAAAAGGGGAAAUAGAAAAGAGAAAAGAGGGGGGGGGAG